UCUAUAUAGAACCAAUCUAACGGGAAGAAAGCACGUCUUUCUCUAGCCCAUUCCAAUGCAAGAUCAAGAAAGCAGUCGUCAGCCGAAAAAGAAUUCCAAGACAUUUCUCAUCGGAAUCUUGACUUUUCUACACUUAAAAUCUAUUGGUGUAUCAAAAUUCAAAAAUCUUGACUUUCCUGUGCUUGAAUGCUAAAGGGAGAUGCUGUAUCAGAUUUGCACAGGCAGCUUCCUACUUGCUUCAUCACAUCUGAUUUCUAAUCUACACUUGAAAACCCAGUUCACUUAAAAUUAAUUCUUCAUCUCAAAUCCCUUGUGCUCUAAAUCCCACAUGGAUUCACAACCUAAUCAGGUUCAUAUGGUCUUCUUCCCAUAUACUCUCCGAAGCCACAUGAUUUCAACCGUAGACCUGGCCAGGCUCUUCGCCAAGCACGGAGUGAAGGCAACAAUUGUUACUACUGCUCUCUGCGCACCUCGCUUCUCUGAAGCAAUUGAAAGAGAUAGAGAAUUGGGUUUUCAAAUCAGCAUAAGGAUCAUAAAAUUCCCAUCAGCAGAGGCAGGUCUGCCAGAAGGUUGUGAAGAUCCAAGUUCCAUCUCUUCGCCAGAAAUGAUUCCGAUGUUCCUUCAUGCUCUUACGUUGCUUCAACAUCCACUUACAGAGGUCCUUGAAGAAUGCCAACCUGAUUGUCUUGUGGCAGACAUGAUGUUUCCAUGGUCUACGGGAGUUGCAGGCAAGCUUGGGAUUCCUAGGUUGUAUUUUGAUGGAUCUAGUUUCAUUUCUAUGUGCAUCACUGAUUCACUCAAACGAUAUCAGCCUUAUAAACAAGUGGAGUCUAAUUUUGAACCCUUCAUAGUGCCUGGCCUGCCGCACCAGAUAGCGAUGACGAAAUUACAAGUGCCAAAUUAUUUUAAAGACACAGUUGAUAAGCAUGGAUUUCACAAGCUGAUGGAUCAAAUUUUGGUAUCUGAUCUCAACAGCUAUGGAGUCCUCAUGAACAGUUUCCGUGAGCUAGAGCCAGACUAUUCAGAACAUUAUAGGAAGAACAUGGGAAGAAAGGCAUGGCAUAUUGGCCCUCUCUCGCUUUUCAAUAGGGAUAUCAAAGAUAAAGCACAGAGAGGAGAUAAAGCCUCCAUUGAUGAACAAGAAUGUCUGAGAUGGUUAGACACAAAGAAACCCAAUUCAGUACUAUAUAUAUGCUUUGGGAGCGUAUUCAAGAUUCCACCUCCUCAAUUACAUGAGCUUGCUAUGGCUCUUGAAGCUUCUGCAGUAAACUUCAUAUGGGUUGUGAGAAUGGAAGAGAAUAAAGAGAAAGAAGAAAAUAAAGAUCAAUGGCUGCCAGAAGGAUUUGAGAAGAGAAUGGAAGGGAAGGGUUUGAUCAUAAGAGGAUGGGCACCCCAGUUGUUGAUUCUUGAACAUGAAGCUGUUGGAGGGUUUAUGACUCAUUGUGGAUGGAACUCCACAUUGGAAGGAGUGUGUGCAGGGGUGCCAAUGGUCACAUGGCCUCUCAGUGCAGACCAAUUUGAUAAUGAGAAGUUGAUUGCUGAUAUUCUGAAAAUAGGAUGUCAAGUUGGUGCACAAGAAUGGUCCAAGUAUGAGAAGAAAACUCUAGUGAAGAAGGAAGAUAUAGAGAAGGCAAUAAAUCGGUUAAUGGCUGGUGAAGAAGCAGAGGAAAUAAGAAGCCGAGCAAUGACACUAAAAGAGAUGGCAAGGAGGGCCACUGAAGAAGGAGGAUCAUCUUACUCUGAUAUAACUGCCUUGCUAGAUGAAUUAAGAGCCCUCAAGAGAAGCAAGUAGAGAUAGGUCAUUGUAAAAGCAAUUACUAUGUUAGAACCAUGAAAAAUUAAGAACUACCAUGUAAUUGUCUCGUUUUUUCACAAAGUAUUUUCUGGUUUAAUGAGAAAAAUUAUUUAUGCAA